AUGGUCAAAGACACCAAGUUCUACGACCUCCUAGGGGUGUCACCAGACUGCACCGAGGCACAACUGAAAUCAGCGUACAAGAAGGGAGCGCUCAAGUGGCAUCCUGAUAAGAAUGCCCACAACCCAGAGGCUGCCGACAAGUUCAAGGACCUCUCACACGCAUACGAGGUCCUUUCCGACCCACAAAAGCGUCAAAUAUACGACCAAUAUGGCGAGGAAGGCCUAGAGCAGGGUGGCAUGGGCGGAGGAGGCGGCAUGGCUGCUGAGGACCUGUUUGCGCAGUUCUUUGGCGGUGGUGGCGGCCCCUUUGGAGGCAUGUUCGGCGGCGGCAUGGGUGGAGGACGCGAACAAGGUCCCAAGAAGGCACGCACAAUCUCCCACGUCCACAAGGUAUCGCUCGAGGAUGUCUAUCGUGGCAAGGUUUCGAAACUUGCCCUCCAGAAAUCCGUCAUUUGCCCCAAGUGCCACGGUGUCGGUGGCAAGGAGGGUGCCGUUAAGAAGUGUGCGGGCUGCGAUGGUCGCGGUAUGAAGCACAUGAUGAGACAGAUGGGCCCUAUGAUUCAGCGUUUCCAGACCGUGUGCCCCGACUGCCAGGGAGAGGGAGAAAUCAUCCGGGACAAGGACCGAUGCAAGCAGUGCAACGGCAAGAAGACAAUCAUCGAACGCAAGGUCCUGCACGUUCACGUAGAUCGUGGUGUUAAGAGCGGGCACAAGAUCGAGUUCCGAGGCGAGGGUGACCAGCUACCUGACGUAGAACCCGGCGACGUUGUUUUCGAGAUCGAGCAGAAGCCCCACGCCCGCUUCCAGCGCAAAGACGACGAUCUCUUCUACCACACUGAGAUCGACCUACUGACUGCCCUUGCCGGUGGUCAGAUCCACAUCGAGCACCUCGACGAGCGGUGGUUAACCGUCGACAUCAUCCCUGGCGAGUGCAUCAGCCCUGGCGAAGUCAAGGUCAUCCGUGGACAGGGUAUGCCUUCGUACCGACACCACGACUUUGGUAACAUGUACAUCCAAUUUGACGUCAAGUUCCCCGAGCGACUGGGCGGCGAAGACGGCACCCCCUUGACUCCGGAGCAGAUCCGCGCCCUCGAAUCGGUCCUACCUCCCCGCAAGGUUCCUGAGUCCCUGCCUCCGCCAGACGCUAUGACGGAGGACUUUACGCUCGAAGAUGUCGACGCAUCAGGCGAGUCGGCGCGCGCACGCGGAAUGGGUGGCAUGGAUGAUGACGACGAUGAAAUGCACCCUGGCGCUGAACGAGUACAGUGCGCAUCGCAGUAA